AUGUUCAGCUCCUUUGCCGCCCUAGGCGAUUUGGAAAGUCGCUCACUGUCUCGAUGCUGCGACACUUCCACGGAGUCGAGUUCCGCAGCAAAAUACGAUGAGCUUUUCAAGGGUCUCAGCGUGGAUGAAGCUGUCCAAAAGGGCACAGUUCAACCUGGACGAUAUCUUGUUUUAGAUUUCGACUUCUCCCGCACCCAGCGUUCUCACAGCAUGAGCGAGUCUGCCGAGGGCCUUAGGAUGGAAAUGAACCGUGGGCUCGAGGUAUUUAGGGAGGAGUACCCGGGCCCAAAUCUCGGGAAACUCGUUUACGCUGUUCAAUUUGCGCUGCGAAAUAUCCACAAAAGGGGCGAGAAGGAUAAUCCCCUAUGGGAUGUACUAGGGAUCUAUGUGCUAGCAGAUGAAUACGAUGCUUAUGCCAAUGGGUGUAUGGAUCCACAUGACCCAAGGCAGUGGUCCGAUGCCGAACCCGCACUAGUUCUAAAGUCAUUUUGGUCUGCUGUCAAAGCUGGCACGGCGUUGACGCACGGUAUCCGAAAGGUGUAUACCACUGGCAUCACACCUCUCCUUCUAGCCGACCUUUUUAGCGGUGCCAACAACCAACAAAACAUCUCUUUUGACCCACGGUUUUCAACUCUCUGCGGAUUGACUCGAUCCGACGUGCUAGGAGCACUAAGAAUCGUGUGCAGUAAUGAAGAAGAGUUGCAAAAGCAUUUUAGAGAAUUGGAACACUAUGCUAAUGGUUAUCACUUCUGCCAAACACAGAGUGUAGACAAAGUUUUUAACACGCAGACUGCUCUUUCAUAUCUUGAUUCAAGCACAGAAACAAACUCCGAGUCGACGACCCCCAACUAUGAGGUGCCUGACACUUCUUACGCAUUUGUGCCAAAGCGCCUGCCGCUGUGA